CGCCGGAAAUACUUGUGAAACAUCUUCGAGACGACUCGCUCUCCUGAUCCCCUCAGUACCCGCGCGCAUCCCGCGCCCGUAGUCGUCUAAAAUGGGUCGCAGAAAGAUCGAAAUCAAAGCGAUCAAAGAUGACCGUAACCGCUCAGUCACAUUUCUGAAGCGAAAGGGUGGGUUAUUCAAGAAGGCGCAUGAGCUCGCUGUUCUUUGUUCCGUGGACGUCGCAGUCAUUAUCUUCGGUCACAACAAAAAACUCUACGAGUACUCUUCUUGUGACAUGCCAGAGGCUCUUGGGCGCUAUCAUUACUUCGGUUCUCCCCAUGAACACAAAGGACCCGGUGAUUUUGAAGGCAAACGCGACGAUGAAGAUGAUGAAGACGAGACUACCCCGGCCCCCGAAGAGAUGCAAGCCCAGCAGAGCCACCCUGCGGUUCCGCCUCACCUCCAACAGCCCGGUUUCCAACACAUUCACCAUGCUCCGUCUGCGUCUCCUCCCAUCCCUAACGGCCUUCCAAUAUCGCGACAUGGCACUCCACUCUCACAAGGUGUCUCUCGACCCACGUCUAGAAACCACACCCGUCGUGUCAGCUCGAACCUUGGCCCGCAUGGACACGCUACUCCGCCGCCGCCUCCUGCGCCCCAAAAUGGAUUCGCAUAUAUGACAAACCCUUCCAUGUAUAACCCCAAUGUUCAUUCCGCCAUGAAUCAGCAACGCCCCGGGCAAUACCAGCAAUACGGCCACCCCCAACCGGGUCCACAGGGAACGCCGCCUCAGGGAAUGCACCACCAGCACGGCAUGCCCUCCCAGCCCAUGCCUCCCCACCAAGGCGCGCAGCAUUUCCAACACCCCCACGCGGUAGCCUCGCAGCAGAUGGGAAUGCCGCCGGGAUCGCAUGCGCCGGUGCAACAAGUCACACAAGCGUAUAUGUCGGAGCCGGGUAGAGGGUCUAUGCCCCCGGCAUAUACACCGGAGUCCCAGGAUCGUACGGCUCCAGCAAACGAGGGCUCACAGGACAAUGUUCCGGGUGGUUUGAAGCCGGACCAAACCCAGUCACCGCCACAAUCAAGGUCGUUCUCCAAGUCUCGCAGUAUCUUUACCCCGAUCGACGAUCGGGGGUCGGUUCUUGCCCGGCAUUUUGGAGCAGGAGCGCCGGCAUUCGAGUCACCUCGUGCGAAUCAAGCAAUGAAGCCGGACUCACAGGGCAAUUCACCCGAUUCCAAGAGUACCCCUAUAAGCGAGGCUUCGCAUCCACAGUCAAUGCCAUCAGCGGCAAACGUCAAGCGGCCCACUCGAAGUAAUAGUGGUGCACUCACGUCAAAACGCCCUCAACUCAAGGUUCAGAUUCCAAGCGAGAACUCUGAUCGGGGCAGUACGACGGGUGAAUCAUCUUCACGCGACUCUGCUGGCAAUAAAACGGUGACACCUGCGAAAGAUAAUCCUCCUACGGCAGGAGUGGUUCUACCCCCCCAUCGCCAUCUGCAGGGGCGAUUCUCAGCGCUGGCGCCCAGGGACCUCCAAAUCCAUUUGCUCGCCCUCCGCCACCGGAACAAUUCACAUGGGAACAAUGCCGGCAAUACGAACAAUGGAAACACCCAGAAUAAACACGAAACACCGAUAUCUGCGCUACCAAGCCGAUUCAUGUCCGAUGCCCUUCUCCCAUCACCAUCCAGUUUCUUCGCCGAUGACUGGGCCUUUGGCCGCUCAGGACCAGACUCGAACUUAUUGCCCAGUCCAUUGAAUUUCCCAACCCCAGCGGUACAAAGCGGACCCAGCUUCUCUCGCGAUGAUGAACAAGAUAAGAAACGCAAGAGCCCAGAUAGUGGGUCCGGAGGAGAAGGAGCCAGCAAAAAGGCAAAAACUGAUGGGAGUUAA